GAUGCCAUCGCAGGGCGCGUGGAGACCUCCAUCAUCGUGCUGCAGAAGCUGUCGCACAGAGACGACCAGGACGGUGGUGUGCCCACCGACGCCUUCUACAUCAUCGCGGGCACAAUCUACAAAGCUCCUCAACUCGGAGAUGUGUUUGAUAGCGUGCUGCGGGAGGCCGCUGACUCCAUCGCUGAGGCCGUGGGCCUCCAGACGGAGAGUUUGGUUGGCAGCAAGAGGAGACGAACGACGCCUGGAUCAGAUGAG